AUUUAUUUUCUCUUUUUCCUUUUCUUUUGCUUUACUUAAUUGUAAUUUAAUAAGACAAACAAGUUGUAGACAUUAGGUAAGCAAUUUAUUUCUUAAGCGUGCCGGAAAUGCAAGUAACAGAAUACUGACCUGCAGGCACUAAUUGGGCAAUUCUUUCCAAAGAAUUAAAAAUGCAAUACUUGCAUUAAUAUUGUAAAACUUAGUAUAAUUAAUUGAAUUGUAAAAAUAAAUUUUCAGUCUAAAACUGGAGUCCAAUAAAGCGGUGCAUUAGCUCCGAUCUUUUUUUAAAAACUCAAUUCGACUUUCGAAUUAAAAACUGGCGCCCGAGCAGGGACCAGUCGCGAAAAAGUGUAAAGUGUUUAAAAGUGUCUGUGAAAGGAAGAAAUUAAAAGUUGACUUCCCAACGGCACCAACCCUACUUUCCGACUGGUCAUCAGGAUUUCCAGCAGACUCAGGCUCUCUUGUGUUCGUCCGGAGACCACCUCGCAUAGAAGUGUUGCAGCAGGAGCCGCAGUAGGUCUAACCGACCAAAAAGGAAUACAUCCGUGCAGCCAGCGAGGGAAGAGUAGUUCAAUGCUACUCCUACUAUUAAUAAUACCACUCGCCACAGGCGAGUUCCGUAUCCUCGAUUAUACAAACUCACAACUUGCAACCUUUAAUACAGGAUGGACCAAAAUCCAAAAUGGCACCUACAAAAUUAUACAUACAAUAGACACGGACGAAUACCAAAGGACUUUGAACGAACUCAACUCCACGAUAAGACACAAAAUAACUCCCGACAAUUCCUUACUCCCCUUCUUGCUCCAUGAAAUGUCCGAAAUACAAAGUUUCCUAAGUAGAUUAAAGCCAAAGGUAAACAAGAGAUCCAUAAACGCAAUUGGUACCGCCUGGAAAUGGCUCACAGGGAGCCCGGAUCACGAAGAUCUCGUUAUGUUAGAAAAUCAUAUUAACAAUUUACUUGAAAAUAACAAUAACCAAUUAAUAAUAAAUAGAGCAAUGAGCGGAAGAAUAAAUAAUAUAACGGAAGUGUCAAAUAAAAUAUUUAAAAUAUUAAAAGAUAAGGAAGAUGUUCAGCAUGAUAUGGCUGUAAAUAUUAAAUUUAAGCUACAAUUAAUAAAAGAUGAAAUCAUAAAUAUCAAUUAUGCAAUACAUUGGGCCAAAGUUGGCAUUGUAAAUUCAUAUAUAUUUUCUAACGUUGAAAUGAAACUAAUAAAAGAAAUUAUUGAGAAAAAUAAUAUUCCCUUCACUAAUAUAGAAGAGGCAUUUGAAUUCAGUAACGUUAAGAUAGCCUCUAGUAAUUCUAAGAUUGUAUACUUAAUUGAAAUCCCAAUAACUGACAACAAUUUAUGUGAAUCCCUAUUAAUAAAAGCAAUAAAGAAAGGUAAUAGAUUAUAUAAAAUACCAUUUGAAAAAAUUAUAAGAUGUCAAAAUAAAAUCUUUGGAAAGAAAAGCAACUGUAAAGAACAUAAUGAAAUUAAAAUUUGUACAAAGGAAAAUAUUGUAGACAUCAGUAACUCCACAUGCAUUCCUCAUCUACUCAAAAGCCGAUCGCCUAGCUGCAUUACGAUUAACAACCAACACAUUCCCACUGUCCUAGAAGUCCUCCCAGGAAUAAUACUUUUAAAUCGAUUUAACGACACCGUUCACAUCGACAAGGAGAAGAUUAACUUAACUGGAUCAUUCGCAAUCCAGUACCACAACUCCACCAUUAUAAUAAACAACCAAACAUUUCUGUCUAAAGAAAUCUCCAGCGGAAAACCCCUUCCUGCAGUUCUACAACCAAAUGCAACACUUACGGCCGAAGAAGAAUUACUAAGCCUGGAAAUGAUGAAAGAACUUCACCUAAAAAACAUAAACUAUAUCGAGACUCUAAAAAAUAAAGGAUUAACAACAUCAAUAGUCAAUUUUGGGAUAUCUGGUAUAACUUUAACUCUAAUGGCAAUCGGGGUACUAAAACUAACUUCAACGAAAGGCCCAAAGCAAGGGGCCAAACACGUCUCCGAAUUUUUCAAAAGGGCCCCAUUACAAGAGGUAACAGUUAAAAAUUUCCAACAACCCGAACCACAUCCUGAAGAUUAUCCUACUCAGACGCACGAGGACGUUCGUUUUUAAAUGCGGAGGAGUUAACACGCGCUACAUUUAUUUUCUCUUUUUCCUUUUCUUUUGCUUUACUUAAUUGUAAUUUAAUAAGACAAACAAGUUGUAGACAUUAGGUAAGCAAUUUAUUUCUUAAGCGUGCCGGAAAUGCAAGUAACAGAAUACUGACCUGCAGGCACUAAUUGGGCAAUUCUUUCCAAAGAAUUAAAAAUGCAAUACUUGCAUUAAUAUUGUAAAACUUAGUAUAAUUAAUUGAAUUGUAAAAAUAAAUUUUCAGUCUAAAACUGGAGUCCAAUAAAGCGGUGCAUUAGCUCCGAUCUUUUUUUAAAAACUCAA